GGGAUUCGGAUUCGCUCUGUUUUCGUUGCGUCCGCCAGAGCAGCAUUGACACUCAACGACGCUGGUUGUUGUGUUCAGUCGGAGAUAUAGUCGUAUACACAUAUUGCUCGAUUUAUCACGAACAUACAUUAUUUUCUUUCCGUGGACCUUUUGUCUCGUGUUCGCGUCGUCGUCAGCCGCGGAGUGUUUGUUAUUGCUGUUGUUUGUUUGUUUGUUUGUGUGCUUUCCUCCUCCUUUCUCGGUGUGCUUUUCGGUGUAGUCUUUCGUAUUUAUCGCUGCGCUACAAUUACACAUACUGUUUUUUUUUUCACGUGUGUGCUCUUAGUUGGUGUGCCUCGAAUAACAAAGUCAAACAAGGCGCGCUGGGGGCUGGGGCCACGCCUCUUUGUCAAAACGCCUCCUUAACCCGACGACAACAACACGGCAGCAAAAAACAAAAAACAAAUAAAACAAAUUGAAGAGAACAACACGCAGGAGAACAGAACAAACAGGCGGAGAGAGGUGACACAGGAGAGAGAGUCGGAGAGGAACCGCAAGCGAAACAGAGAGAGAGAGAGAGAGAGAGAGCGAGAGAAAUUCAGUGUGGAGAGAUUGCAGUUAUAUUGACAACAACAGCGGAACGCAACACCACUUGAUACGAAAAUAAACAAACAAAAUCAAUCAAUUAAUCAAUCUGCUGAGCACGCCCACACCCACAACACAACAUACUCAAACAUACAACCCACGGGCGCACCGACAUCGACUCAGAGGCUCAGGCCCAGGCACAGGCACAACAUACACAGGCACAACAUACACAGGACACAGGACACACGAGUCAACGCCCACGCCCAUCGCAAAAAAGGAGGGAGUGGCAGCCAUAGUAUAGAAGGACGAGAAGCAGCGGAAGCAGCGAACUAGCAACAACGAGGAGACCGACGACAACAACAUGUUCCACUCACUUGCUUUGAUGGUCUGCGCACUUGCCGCCCUGUCCCUCGCCCAGGAGGAGGCACCGCGACCAGGAUCCGUAGCAGCAGGAUCCGUAGACCUUAGCCCCUCCUGCUCCUCCUCCUCCGCAGCCGCCGCUGCCGCCGCCGCUGCCUCGUCUCCUCCAUCUUCCUUCGCCGGCAAGCAGUUGAACAGAUGCCGUCAAAGUUGCUAUCAGCAGCUAUCCAAGGACUGGCAUUAUUGUAAGGAUUCCGCUGAUUGCACAAACUGCUGCCAGAAGCUGGUGUCACCCUUCGAGCUGAAGAUCCUGAAGGCUCAGCGCCAGGAAUCACUGGUCCUCACGGACAUCGGCUGGGACGAGAUGAUAGCCAAUGCCUCGCGCCAGUGCCUCAUCACCUGGGAGGUGUCCGGCGGCGGCCUAAUCGGAAAUCUGCUCACGGACACCGCCCGGGCAGAGCUCUCCUUGUGGCCGGACACCGUCUACAACAUUCAAGUCAAGUGCAAGCACAAGCUCACCGGACUGAUGCGCCGUUCGAUCAAGCUCAAUGUGGACACCAGCCAGUUGGUGGGCACAACGACGACGACCAUGCCAGCGAAGGCCGAAUCACACCCAUCGGCAGAGGCGCGAGAGCACUCGGAGUCGCAUACGCAGCACACUGUACACACCCGGCCAACGGAUCGGGUAUACAUCAUCAGCGCCCUGCCGACGCCCAGUGAACUGGGCGGUGUGGUCUAUCCGGCCUUUGGGGCUCUGGCCUUCUUCCUGGCCCUACUGGUCAUGUUCCUCUUCCUGCGCCCGCAACGCAAGCGCUUCCAUCACCUGGAUACAGACAGCGCGGACACGGACACGGCCACGUUAAUAGGCGGCGGCGGCGGCGGGGGAGGUGGGCGAUCCUCGUGCUCGAGGAACUCCUCCUCCUCGCUGGACGCCUCCACGCUGCACGUCUAAGCCAUCCGGAGAACUUGUAGUCGUAUAUAUACAUAUAUAUAGAUGUCUGACUAUGUGAUAUUCUGCACCCCAAAAAACAAAAAGCAAAAAGCAAACGGAAGCGAAGACAACAAUGUACAUAUUUACAUACCUUCCUUGAUCCUGCUACCUUCACGCGUUAGUUAAACCCAGGAAGGAGACCCAGGAUCCCCCAGAUCGAUCAGAUCGAAUCGGUUUAGAGUGGAGGAGAGUAGUGACAGUCAAGCAUUCAAGCUCAACUUAGUUUAAGUUUUAUCCUCUGCCAUUUGUAGAUCCCGAAGCCAAACCAGCGCAGUCAUAUACAUAUAUACACACGCAUGAUUAACAUACUAAAAAUAGCUCUAUAUAUAAACCAACUAUAUAUAUAUAUAUAUACACUUAACGCAUUUACUAUAUACAUAUAGAUAUUAUAUAUCAUAGUUAUAUACAUGCCGAGGCAGCAGCUAGAGAAACAAGUGCAGAUAAAGCUAAAGAUACAAAAGCAGAUACAGAUAAAGAUUCGUUUACGGUUACGGUUAUGGAUAUAUAUACAUAUAUAUUAUAUUAUAUGAUUAUAUAGAUAUAGGGGCCAGCGGCCAACCAACUAAAUACACCAAACUAAACUGCAACAAAUUGCUACAAAUUUUUGUCGUCAAUCGUCGUCGCUCGCUCGCUUGCAAAAAAAAGAAGAAAAAAACAAAAACAUAUAAGCUACAAUUUGUUUUUUUUUUUACCUCGCGCGUUAAAAACAAAUGAAUGCUAAGUAAAAACAAGAAGAAAUUAAGAUAUCAUGCAUCUCUCUUUUCCAUUUGUGUCGUCUUUAAUCUUAACAGAAAAGAAAAAAAUCAUACAAACUAAAUGAAAGUAAGCUAAACAAACAAAUACAACUUAAAUCAAAAAAACGAAAUAUUUUUCAAAAUUUUUAAAUGUUUAUAUUAACAAGUAAAAGGAAUUAACAACAAAGUAAACUACAUUAACUGACUUACACUGUACUUGAGCAUGUAAAAAACAAAAAACAAAAAACAAAAAAAUAGAAGAACAAAUACGAGAAGGAGUAACCACAAGUAACUGAUAACUAAACUAAACUAUGGUUAAAUGCGGUUAAAUCAAAGGUCUAAACUGAGUAAAGGAAAGCUUCGCUACGCAAAAAGCCUGUAAAUAUUUUAGCCAUUAAUUUAUUUAUAUGUAAUAUUAAACGAUACAAGUUUUACUUAUUCGAAUUUCUUUUUUUUUUCUUAUUUUAUAUAAGCAAUUGUUUUGUUAAAUUAUGAUUUAAAGAAGACGAGAGAUGUGUUCCACGCGGGGAAAGAACAAACUCCAAUGUUAGCUAGUGGAGUGUUGCUCCUUUAAUAUUUAAAUAUAUAUUUUAAAUUGCAUUCAAGAAUGUGUCUACUCCAAUGGUUGUAGUUAUUAAUUAGUAAACUUCCAAAAAGAUAUCAGAAUAAAAUCGUUUCUAGUUCCCUUAUAACAAAACAAACAAAAACACACAGCUCUUUUCUUUACAAACUCUAGAGUCUACAGCCUCACUGAUCUAGACUCCGGUAACCAUUGCCAUAUAAAUAAUAUGACCAUCAUAAGUUAAUUUUAGUUAGUAGUCUUAAUAGGGAUAUCCAAUUUCGUUACUCGCAUAUUUCUUUAUCCUUAUUUCCUUUAAGAAACACAUUUUAGGAUAUGAACUCCUGUUUAUGAAUAAGCCCAGAAGUCUGGAAGUGGAAGUGGAGCGCGAACCCUUUCAACAUUUAUAUCCUUGAUUUGAUUAUUAUGUAAAUAUAAUUUGAUUUGUUAUUGCA